UCACAGAACCAAUAACACUAGAUUUAGUUCGGAUUUUCAAAUCCAUUAAAAUACAACAACCAAUAACCCCUUGGGUGGCAACCAAUCGGAUGUCUGGUCAGGUUUGUAUUGGUUCGGUUUAAGUGUUUUAAAUCUAGUUUAUAUUGUAAACCACUAAAUUAACGAAGAACCGUGGUCUAUGUGGAUUCGGGUUUCGAUAUUUUUAAUUGGGAAGUAAUAAGUCGGAUAACUUAAAAUAGGUCGAAUUGAACCGAUGUUAAAACUUUGUGUGAAAUUGUUACUAUACGGUACUUCUGGUGAGUAAAUAUGUUGUUUACCCAAUUUUGUUAUGAAGGUCUCUCUCUCACUCUCACUCUCACCUGAACCGGAAUCUUUAAACCGAACAUAGAUUCACCUAAACACGCGCGCCUUUUUAAAAUUCGCUAGUUCGUUACAUUGACGAUGAUGAUGAUGAUGAUGAUGCAAGAACGUAAGAAUCUGAGCAUCAACGACAUUGAUCUCUCACUCCUCCGCCUCUCAUCCCCACCUUAUGAUGACUCCUUCUUCUCCCCUGGUUCCGACGAGUCCGAUCAUCCCAAACGAAGGAGACUCUCCUCUCAAGACCCAAUCUUUAUCUCCUCUCCUCUUCGCUCCACCCACCCUGAACCCCAUUCCUCCACCAUCGACGACCAGAUUCUCACCGCAGCCCACGCAAGCCCUGUUUUGACGAAGCAAGAAACGUCGCCGUCUGCUUCCAAGAAUCCUGAUACAGAGACGAUGAAGAUGGUUAACAAUCACGUGGAGGAGGUCAAUCAAGAAGAGACUAACUAUGAUGCUUACGAGGAAGAAGAAGAUUGUGGAGAAGGGAUGAGGAUAGAAAGAUCUGGAGAUGGGUUUGUAAUUAGGUUGAAGUGUAGAUGCAAUCUAGCUUAUAGGGUUCUUUUCUCCGAUCACCACCUCUACUUCAAGUCUCUCUAAGCCUUCACCACUUGUGUGUGUGAUUUAGUUUGUAGUAUCCCUCUCAUUUCUUGCAACGCUUUUUACUGUUUGUAAUUUUUUUGCAAAGUAAUGUUUAGAGCAAGUCACAAAAUAAGCAAGUUAACUGCAAUGCCUGUGAGUGACAAGAAUGAGUCAUGGAACUGUCUUAUUACAUCUCUUUGUAAAAUUGUGUUAUCCUCUAACCUGAGUUCCUUGUUUUAUUUUUAGAUAGUAAACACUAAACAGAUACAUAUUUGCAGUAACGCAAAAAAAACAAAAGUUACAAACAGAAUGAAACAUCCCAAAAAGUGAAGGGCAAUUGGUGCUAAAACCAUCAAUGCCUUAUUUAUGUAAACUGUAAACUAGAGAACAGAAUGUCAUAUGUAGCAUUGGACUCUCAUCCAGAAACAUUCUCCUAUAGUCGCCACAACGAUACUAAGAUGAGCAAGAAACUGAUUCAAAUCCCGAAGAUGGUUU